GUAGUAACCCUCCGGCUACCGCGCUGGGACGUUGUACAGCGGUUCGCGUUGCUUGGUGUCUUAUCGCGCCGGUGAGCAGCACGUGCGUAUCUCUCGCUCGCCCUUGUCUCUCGUGGACAAAGUGCCGAGGUUUUGAAAACUGUGCGCCGAGAGAGAGAAAUUUCGUGUGGGUCUCUUAGUGGUUUCGUAUUUUGGAAAAAGCGGAUAAUGUGAAGUUUUGCCGAGGGGUGGAGAAGGAAUUUUGAUCAAAGGUGAGGGGGAUGAUGCUCGUGGUUGAGCUGGUGGUGACGGUCGUGGUGGUUUGAUAAAGCGCCGCCGAUGGGGAAUCCCCGGACUGCAGCAGCUCGGCUCUCAUCUUUCGGACGGCGUCCCGCUCCCGUGCUCCUCGUUGCAGCCAAACGUGAGGGGAUUUUUCAUGUGGACUGAGCGAGAGUCGCCGAAAUUCCUAGCCGCUCCGUGUUGUUCUUCUAAGCUUGUAAGCUUCGGACGAUACCGGGAUGCCGAGAGUCGGCCGGCGCUGCCGCAGCUGCUGAGCCGUCGAGUGAACAGUGCGCGCGUUGAUCACGUGUAAUAGGAGCUAGAGCAGCCAAUGUGUUGCACCGGCGGUGGCGGUGCCGCCGCAGGCGGUACCAGGAUGACGAGGUGCGGCCUGCUCUGCGGUAUGGCUGCCUUGGCAGCUCUCAGCGCGGCCGUUCUCGGACCGGCUUGGCUUCACACCGAGGAAAGGCUACCCUACCUGCCAAGACACCUCGCCAACAUCGUCAGCGUCAGGUUCAAGCUCGGGCUGUUCAAGGUCUGUCCAAAGAUCGUCAAGCCUGCUAAUCUCACCACCCAUAUCUCGACUCCGGCCUGCAGCACGAUUCGCUACAAAAGUAUGGACGACGUUAAUGCCACCGAACUUGGAUUUCAGCGACUGGAGUUUACGCCUAUUGUCGUCACGAAAAUGAGGAUAUCGACGCCGUUCCAAGUGGCAGCGGUGGUGCUGAUCCUCGCUGGGACAAUAUCCGCCCUGAUCGGUCAUUGCUGCUCGGAUCACAGGACGCUCGUCGCUUGUGGCCUCUUCCUCCUCGGCGGCUUGUCACUGGGCGGUGGUCUGAUAGUCUUGGCCUCAGCGUUGUCCGAGGCUUCGUGGGACAUACCUCAAAAGUACAGCUACACCACGACAUCGUCGUCUGGAAAAACCGAGAGUACCGGACUGCCACAGUACCAAUACGGCUGGUGUCUCCAGCUGUCCGGAUUGGCGCUCAUACUGUCCGAGCUUGCAGCCCUUCUCACCAUAUCCGGCUACAUGGCUCGUUUUCCCACAGUCGAGGACAUGGUACGAGUAAUGGUGCCUGGCGCUGAAAGGAAAUUACGCGAGCAGCGCGGACUAAGUUCAGAGUAUCUGGUUAGGUCACACCAGAAGUCACCGGGACCUACUCCCUGCUCCGGCGUCAAUCAACCCACGAAAGGUCAAGGUCCACCGCGAUCAGCUGAGGAGGGUACGUCUCUGCUGUGUAAGACGGCGCCUGAUAUCUGCGCUUCGAAUCCCCAAUCGGCUAUAAGCUACGUGGACAAGGCCGACCUUUCGCAUAUGCUACCCGCCUACCCCGAGACCAAGAUCAUCGAACCGCGUUUCGUCGCUACAGGCUUCCCAGACAAGGCCGAUCAAAGUGUCGUUGACUCUCGACUGAGCGGCUUCGUCGAUAAGGAAGGACUCAUCAUGGACUCACGCAUGCUAUCCGAGUCGCGUCAGAACGUGAUCGCUUUUGCCGAGGGUAAAGAACAUCCCAACUGCCAAGAACCACCCGCGCGCUUCAGCGAUUUUCCGCCACCUCAUUUACCGACCGAGCAGCAGCAGCAGCAGUCGGCUCAGCAACUGCAGCAGCAGUCGAUACAGCAGCAACCUCCCUUAGCGUUUGCCGACAAGGAAUCUCAUGUUUAUACCGCAGAGCAGCAGCAGCAAUUGCAACAGCAACAGAUACAACAGCAACAACAGCAGCAGCAGCAAUUGGUGGACUCUUUGCUCGAUGCACCCUACGGAUACGACACGCGGUAUAACAGUUUAGCUGGGCAAACGGUACCUAUCACGCUAAAGCACCAUCACCAGACGAAUACGACCGUCGCGGCAAUUCAAUCGAGUCAAUCGCCCCAGUACAUCUACCAAAACUUUGGCACAAUACAUUCGGGUAUGCUGCGGGUCGCCGAGCCUGGUACCAGCUCCACCAGCUCCAACUGCUCCAGUCAGCGAAGUAUGACCCUCCAAAAUCCCAAGAGGAAGACAGCGGUUAACGCACAGAUAGCUCAAAAUACCUUUAGCACUCUCGAGUGCGAGAGACGCAGACGAGGGGGUGGUGGAGGUGGCGGUGGCGGCGUCGGUCCACCCGCAGCAAUGACGGCCGCGGGCAAAGCUAAUUUCUGCGCGGGUAGCGCUGUAUGACCACCGACCCAGGCCCAGGCACCAAGGUAACUCCGGAACGAGGAGACCACGUUGUAAAAAGCGUGAGUCCGAAACGCGGAGUCUUGUGAUUGCGUUGAUCAAAUAGUUCUCGGUUAAGGAAUGAGGGCCUGAUUCGUUGUUGAUUGUGUAACGUGGUUGAUGGGGUUGUAUCAGAAAUACGAAUAUUUUGGAUACAAUGAGGUUGUUACCGAAAUGAUGGAUAUCGUUUUUUGUAACCGAGUCUUUGAAGAGAAUGUUAGCGUUUUUAUGGACUAUCCUAGUAAUUACAUGGAAAGUAUAAUUGAGUUAACAGUACUUUGUACAUGUGUAUAUGGCGGAUGCAUGCGUUUGCGCGUUUAUUGCGGAUACUCAGAGAAUUAAUCGCUAGUCAAAGUAUUAAAUCAAAAUUUCUCCUAUGAUUCAACUACAAUGUUUGACACAUUAUUCCAAUGCCAUGGUUGUUUUAAUUCUCGGUUUAUUAACAUUUCGAAAAGUUCGUUAAUUUUUCGAAACUUUAAACAGCUAUACCUUACUGUACAGGUCUAUUAUGAGGUGGUAAAAAGGUAUGAUAUUGUACGAUGCUUUAAUUUUUAUAUACCUAACCGGUUUUUAGAAUUUAGUAAUUAUCAAGUUUCUGAGAUAUGAUAGUAUCUUCUGUACAAGAAUCUUCUGUAUAAGAAAACAAAAUUUUUUAGAUAAAUUUGGUUUUGUGGUGACCGAGUUAUUUGCUUGUAAAAGAAAAAUGUACGAUAUGCCAUCUCAUCGAGUUGUACUCGACGAGAAGACUGUGACUUUUGUACAUAAUAAAUAGCGUAUUUCAUAUGCAUGGUUACUACAAAUAUUAUAUUAAAUAACUGCGUAUCGUUAAUAUACAAAAACACAUUCGUCACAUUGCUAAAAAAUUGACUUGCAGCGAUUGGAUUAAGCCUAGUUUAAACAGAACAAUCUGCCAAAAGAAUCAGUGUACUUUUGUAUAUUACAUUCUUGUCGUUGUAAAUUAUGUAAUUCGAUUGGGAUCGUCUAGCUUCGCCUAUUCGGGUGAAGCUCCAGGUUCCGUAUUUAAGAAAAUCCGAGACAAGAAUAAGUUAUGUCGUUUAUGCGCGUCACUUUAACUUGCUGUUGAAACAAUCUUAAAAAUACGAUAGCUAAAUAAACUAUAAAGAGAAAGAGGAGCCUAAGCACGUUGGCGUUGUAUAGCUAAUCAAAGAAAGUGUAAACCUAAAGAACCGAAGUUUAAUAAACUGUAGUCUAUA